UGGCAGCGCCCAUGCUGAACGACAUUUUCUAUUACAGCAAAGAUUUCCCCUGAUUUUAAACUGAAAGAGAAUCUAUAUUCUUAAUUUCAAUAACUUCUGAACCAUGUAUGAAUACCAUUGAUAGAUCUGGGAGAUAUUAUUGAGGCAUCCCCACUAGUCAGACAGGGUACGAUGGCUGCAGUGGGACGUGCGGGCUCCUUCAUCACCCUCCAUACAGAACCAGGCGUUAGUUGGUGCAGGCGAAGGCACGCCUGGCAUUUGUUGAGCAAACAUGCCCCAGCACUGGCACGGAGUUGCUUUAACUGUGGUCAUCACAUCCAUACCACAGCAGUGGUCAGUUCUCAAGACAGUGCCCAGAGACUGCAGUGGCCAGCAAGGAGAGUAAGACAGGAAUUCCUGGACUUCUUCACAAAAGUACACGGCCAUCAGUUUGUUCCGUCGUCCAGCAUCGUGCCCAAAAAGGGAGAAGGGACAUACUUUGUGAAUGCAGGGAUGAAUCAGUUCAAACCUGUCUUCCUUGGUACAGUCCCUGCCAACAGUGAGAUGGCAAACUAUCGCCGUGUGGUAAACAGCCAGAAGUGCGUGCGCGUUGGUGGCAAACAUAACGACCUUGAUGAUGUAGGGAAAGAUCUUUAUCAUCACACCUUCUUCGAAAUGCUGGGGAAUUGGUCAUUUGCAGAUUAUUUCAAGGAAGAAGCUUGCAAAAUGGCAUGGCAGCUGCUUACAGAGGUUUACAACAUCAGUCAGGAAAGGCUUUAUGUGACCUACUUUGGAGGAAAUGAACAACUUGGCCUUGACCCAGAUCUGGAAACUCGAGAAAUAUGGUUAAAAUUAGGCAUCCCUGAAGAUCAUCUCUUUCCAAGUGGAAUGAAGGACAACUUUUGGGACAUGGGGGAGACUGGCCCCUGUGGACCCUGUACAGAGAUCCACUAUGACCACGUGGGUGGCCAGAAUGCUGGUCAUCUGGUCAAUAUGGACAGUCCAGAGGUAGUGGAGAUCUGGAACUUGGUGUUUAUGCAGUAUGACAGACAGCCAGAUGGCAGUCUAGUUCCCUUGCCAAGACAGCACGUAGACACAGGCUUGGGGUUGGAGAGAAUGACAGCAGUGAUGCAGGGCAAGAUGUCCAAUUACGAUACUGAUCUCUUUCAACCACUGUUCUCAGCAAUUCAGAAGAGCUGUAAUAGCCCAGUGUACCAGGGCAGGACUGGUGCUAGUGACGAGGCUGGGGUGGACACGGCUUACAGAAUAAUAGGGGACCACACACGGAUGUUCACGGUGGCCCUCAGUGAUGGUCUGGUGCCUGGCAGAGGAAAUAUGGAAUUUCGCCUGCGGACCAUUAUGCACCGCUGCAUGCGCCAGGCAUCAGAAGUUCUCAAAGCCCCAGAAGGAAUGCUGGGUAAUUUAGUAGAAGUGGUGGUGGAAAGUCUGGGCGACACGUUUCCAGAACUGGGUCAGAACUGUGAGCAGGUGAAGAAUGUUGUGAACGCAACAGAGCAGAGGUACUUACAGCAGACCAGAGUAGGGAGGAAAGCUGUGAAUAAGUUCCUCAGACAGGUUGGGAAUGUGUCCCACGUGACUGCUGAGCAGAUGUUGAAACUCCACGAGGGCAGAUAUGGUCAUCCUCUGUCUGUUGACCUCCUGAUGGACAUGGGGGAGGAGAGGGGUAUCAGCAUGGACUGGACAGGGUUUGAGAGGAAAUUGCAAGAUAUCAAAGAGAGAUCUACUUUGCAGCCAAUGGAGAGAGACCCUGUGAUAACUUUAAAUUCAAUAUUGCUACAGAAACUGAUAAGUGCCAACAUCAGACCUACUGAGGAUUCAUAUAAAUAUGACUAUGUGUCAGGGGAAGAGUAUGUAUUUGCACCACUGCAGUGUCAGAUAGCUGGUAUUUUGGUAGAUGGAGAGCUUGUAUCUUCCAUAGAAAUGGGUCAACAGUGUGGAAUCUUAUUGGAUAAGACCUGUUUUUAUGCUGAAGGUGGAGGUCAAGCUGCAGACAGAGGGACUAUAGUGACUGAGGAUUCUGUAUUCUCUGUAGAAGAUGUCCAAUCUGUUAAGGACUAUGUCGUACACAUGGGAGUUGUGGCCAAAGGCAGAGUGACUGUUGGUUCUCAGGCAGAGGCAAAGAUAGCUGAAGACUAUCGCCAGGGUUGCAUGCGGAACCACACAGCCACACACCUGCUGAACUAUGCACUGAACAAGGUGCUUGGUGACGUGAAGCAGAAGGGGUCCUCUGUCACACCUGACAAACUGACUUUUGACUUCACCUGCCUGGGCAAAGUAUCUUCUGAACAGAUUCUUCAGGUGGAAAAAAUUGUCAAUAAAUUUACCAGCUCAUCUUGGAAAGUGUACAGAGAAGAGGUCCCUCUGGUGAGAGCUAAGGAAAUCAAUGGCCUGGUCUCACUGGAGAAUGAGGUGUACCCUAACAGUGUUUAUGUGGUCUCAGUAGGCACAAAAGUGAUGGAGCUACCUACGUCAGAAGCUUCUACUGGACCAGUAGAAACAUCUGUUGAACUAUGUGGAGGCACCCAUGUCCACAACACAUCUCACAUAGGCCCAGUGGUGAUAGUAAACAUGUCAGGUCACUUACAGGGGGUGAAAAGAAUAUCUGCUGUUACUGGACCACAAGCAGAGCAGGCAAUUGAGUUGUCCAAAAUUGUCAAGGAACAGGUUGAAACUGUGGUGAAAGCAAUAAAAAACUUGGAAAACCCAGAAACGUGGGAAGAAAAUUUGAGAGAGAUUUCUCAGGUAUGA